AUUUGAUCCAACAUGCUGAAUUACAGUCCAGUCCAGUAAACUUUGGGAGAACGUCAGGCCCAAUUAUCUGCACCUUCAUUCUCAAAGGGUUUUAGCAAUUAAGAGGGUUUACCAAAACGAACUCUCUCAGCUUCAACCCUAAUUUUCACGAUUGAUUAAUGGGGAAGAAGCAGAAACAGAAGAUUGUUUUGCCGCCGGAGCUUCCGCCGGAAGUUCCUGACGAUGAAAUCGUGGUUUCCGGUGAGGAUUUGGAGUUUGUGGAAGAGAAUCCUGACUACGCCGGAUUUGUUUCUAAUUUGGAUACUAAGUCCCUCACCAAGCAUGUCAUUCGAGUUGCGGAUGUCAAGGAAGAUGCUUUGGAAUCCAUGUACGAGAAACGGCAGUUAAGAAAGAAAGCAAUUGAAAAGGAGAAGGAGGAAGAGAAUCAUAUUGAGGUUGAACCUGUGGAUGCACUUCCAGUGAAGACCUUAGAUGGGAAACUUCAUUAUAGAACAGGUGUAGAAGAUAGUCUCUUCUGUUUUUUGACUAGUCCCAGAAUAUUUUCCCUUCAGUGUUAUCCAAUUCUAAAGAUGUGUGGCUUGCAGUCCCCAAGGCAUUGGGAAAACUUGAUGCCGAAUCAGAAGUUGAAGCAACUGCUGUUGAUAAUGGCUCUGUGGCCAAGUUGACAAAACCUGAAAAGAGAGCUAAGCUAAAGAAAUUGCGGAGGGAAGCAAAAAAACAAGGGAAGGAUGCGGCUCAGGAAGAGGAAGUGCUGCAAGCACCUCAAGCAGAAGUUUUGGAUGAGGUGAAAAAGGAGCUCAGUGCUGCGGAAGCCAACGAAAAGAAGAAAUAUAGGCUUGCUGAGCUUGGAACUUCCCUGCUUGAAGAUCCAGAAUCUAAUAUUAAGUCUCUCCGGGAGAUGUUGGAUAUUUCUAAAGAUGCAGAUCAUUCCAUUGUAAUUCUCGGUCUGAAAUCUUUGUUGGCUGUCUUCAAAGACAUCAUUCCGGGGUAGAAAUCUCUCUCUCUCUCUCUCUCAGCGAUUCUGUUCAUUAAUAUGAACACUUCAUGGGUAAUGAUUUACUAUUCCUACUGCAGGUAUCGUAUUCGGCUGCCAACAGAAAAGGAAAUGGAAAUGAAGGUGUCCAAGGCUGUUAAAAAAACACGUUUUUAUGAAUCCACCCUCUUGUCUACCUACAAGGCAUUUGUGCAAAAGUUGAUUGCACUUGAACAGCAGCCUGUGUAUACCCGUGUAGCUACCCGCUGUCUCUGCACUUUGCUGGAGGCAGUCCCGCAUUUUAACUUCCGAGAGAACUUGUUAGCAGCUGUCAUUAAAAGUAUAAGCUCCGAGGAUGAUGUUGUGAGAAAACUCUGCUGUGCUGCUGUGAAGUCGCUAUUCUUAAAUGAAGGGAAACAUGGGGGUGAGGCUACUGUUGAGGCCGUUCAAAUGAUUGCGGAUCUUGUGAAGGCUCACGAUUGCCAGUUGCAUCCUGAUUCAGUAGAGGUAUUUAUGUCGCUGUCAUUCGAUGAGGAUCUUGGGAAGCCCGAAAGUUCUGAAGUUGAUGACAGAUCUAAAUUUAAAAACUCUAAGAAGAAAAGGAAAUUUGAGGAGCCAAAUAAAUUGCCCACUAACGAGAACAAGAGAAGUAGGCAAGAAACCAUCGCAAAGACAAGGGAAGAGGUGAAAGCAGAUUAUAUGGCUGCAUCCUUUGCCCAAGAUGCUGCAGAACUGAGAAGGAUGCAAACCGAGACUCUCUCAGCUGUAUUUCAAACAUACUUCAGAAUCUUGAAGCAUGCCGCUCGACCUAGAUCUCUAACUGGUUCAACAAGUGUAUUUGGGGAUCACCCGCUGCUUGCUCCAUGCUUGAAUGGGAUAGGAAAAUUUUCUCAUUUGAUUGAUCUGGAUUUUAUGGCUGAUCUGAUGAGUUAUCUGAGAAAGCUUGCUGGAAGUGGCAGCAGCUUAGGUAGUUCAGCUGAAAGUGAUGCGCAAUGUCUAACUGUAACCGAAAGAUUACAAUGCUGCAUUGUUGCAUUUAAAGUGAUGAAGAACAAUCUGGAUGCACUCAACGUUGAUUUGCAGGAAUUCUCUGUGCAACUUUAUGGUCUAAUACUCGAGUAUAGACCAGGAAGGGAUAAAGGUGAGGUGUUGGCUGAAGCUCUGAAGAUAAUGCUAUGUGAUGAUAGACAGCAUGAUAUGCAAAGAGCUGCGGCGUUCAUAAAACGCCUGGCUACAUUCUCUGUAUGCUUUUUUGGUUCAGCGGAGUCAAUGGCAGCCUUGGCUACUGUGAAGCAUCUUCUACAAAGAAAUGUUAAAUGCCGGAAUUUGUUGGAAAACGACGCCGGUGGUGGCUCUGUCUCUGGUCUUAUUGCGAAAUAUCAUCCGUAUGCCUCGGACCCAAACCUGAGCGGUGCACUUGCAUCCGUUCUCUGGGAGCUGAAUCUCCUCAUCAAACAUUACCAUCCAGUUGUUUCUGCGACAGCCUCAAGCAUUUCGACGAUGAAUACUGGCAAUAACCAGACAGUUCAUAUCAACCUAUCUCCUCAACAAGCGUUUAUGCAGCUAUCACGCGAGCAGGAACGUUUUGUCCCAGCUUCCGUUUUCAAGAGAAAAAAAGGUAGCGGCUGUUCAGGAGCAGCCUCCACUAGAACCAAGGUACAAGAGCUUGAUUUCAAAAGCUCGCCUGAUGAAAAUCAGGUGAAAGAGAAACUUGCUGAGCAGUUUUCGAUAAUCAAUGAGAUGGUGAAGAAUGAGAGAUUGAGAGCGGAAUUGUAUGAGACGACCAAGUGUCUAGCAGUGUAUGAAGAAUACAAAAAGAAGCAGAAGAGGAGGAAAAUCAGGAGAUAGCUGAAAAUAAAUGUUUAUAUUAUUUUAGUUGCAGCAAUUUUGACAGUAAGUUUUGGGUUAUUUAAAACAUCAUCCCCUUAAUUUAGAAUCAUAAUUUUAUGUAUGGAAAUGGUCCUAAAAUGCGACUCUACUGGCCUUCCCAUGCAUUAUCCACUUUGUCCAAUGAAACAGAACCUAUUCACAUGCACAUACGCC